AUGGGAGACAAAGAGGCUGUUUUGAGCCGGCACCGGGCCGAGAAAAAAAAUCUACAAAAUCAAAUCACUGGGAUGAAGAAACAGGCAACGAAAUCCAAACGGAAAGAGGUCAACGCUCGUUGCGAAGAACUCGAGUACCAGAUGCGUGUCAAACACGAACAGGAGCUGGCAGAAGAAGACGAGGAAGAAGUGGGGACCGCUCCAGGUGCCGACGUGACACCUGAAAAAUUACUGGAACAAUUGAAUUUGAACAAACCUGAGGAUAGUGUUGAUCCUGUGGACCAGGACGUCGAGCAGAAGCAGCAAAGUGCUCCAACACCACAGCCAAAAAAGAAACGCAAUCGUCAGCGCGAAAAAAUUGCCCAGCGUAAUGCGGAAAUCGCCCGCAUGAAAGAUGCAGCGGCCCAGGAAGCCGCAGAAAUGCCCGAUUAUCGCAAGAUGGAACAAGACAGUCUCGACGAGAUAUGUCGUGUAAACAAGCUGCAACAACACGACAUUCAGCCCGAUGGACAUUGUCUCUUUGCCUCCAUUUUAGACCAAAUCCAGACUCGGCAUCACAACGAUUGCGAGUACGACUUUCCAGCUACCUAUGCCGAAAUCACUACUGCUCAAGAUUCCAAAGAUGUCAACUUCAGCGUCUACGCACUGCGCUCCCUUGCUUGUUGCUACAUUCGCGAGCACCCAGACGACUUUGUGCCGUAUCUGUUCGACGAAGCCACAUUAAGUGUCAAAGACAUCUCGGACUACACCAAGAGUAUGCAAGAAACGGCCGAGUGGGGUGGUGAGGUUGAGAUCCUCGCCUUGGCCAAAGUUCUGAAAUGUUGUAUCUCCGUUCUAAUGAGCGGUAGAGCCACCCACAAAGUGAACGAACAGGAAUUGACCAAUCCACAGCUCAAGUUGGUGUACUACAAGCAUAGUUAUGCGCUUGGUGAGCAUUACAAUUCUCUUCGCGAUGAGUGA